AUGCCCCCAAAGGUGAGUUUUUCAGCCGCCGCCUCGGCCUGUGAGAAGGUGGCCGACUGGGAGCAGGCCUUGGGCCUUGUGGCCAGAGCUGCAGCAAGUGGCGUGCAACCAGACGUGGUGCUCUACAAUGCCGCGCUGGCUGCAUGCGAGAAGGCUGCCCGGUGGCCAGCAGCCCUGCAGCUCUUCACCGCGCUGACGCAUGCCCGCCUGGAGCCGUCGUCGGUCUCGGUUGCGGCACCCCUGUCUGCCUUGGCAAAGGGCUCACGGUGGCAGCUCUCUCUGGUGUUUCUGGCCGACUUGGCCCCACGGCAACUUCAUGCCUUCGCUGCCCCGGAAGCGGCCUUAGGUGCGUACCAAGCUGCGCAGUGGCAUGAGCCUGCUAGCGAUCUGCUUUCUUCUCUGGAGAUCCAUGUGACGCAGGGGCUGAGGCGAGAUUGA